UUUUUUUGCUGAUGCCCGUGAUGCCGUCCCGGGCAACCGCCCGUGUCGCCCGUAUCUAAAACCACAUUCACAGCAUCAUCCAAAUGAUCGCCCCGGGAAUCGGACAAAAUCAGGAUUUCAAAUGUGCUGCUGGUGUUUCCAGGAAUAAUCAAAUUGACACAUCUGUACUUGUUUGUACUUGAUGUCUCGUUACCUGUUGUGUCUGUUGCACCUUUGCUGGUGUGGUGGGAAUGAGAGCCUGGAUGAAUAAAUCAAUCAGACAUCUCAUGUUUACUCUGAUGGUUUCACUGAAGGACGGCGUCCUGAUCGGGGAUCAGUGAUGCGAGGGAUGAAACCAUAGUAACAGUUUAACAAUGAGGGAGACGUGGUGACAGGUCUGCAGCCUCCACCAUCAGGCUUGGGGCAGAGACUGAGCUGUGGGCGUGGGUGGUGCUGCAGGAAGUGAUGGUGUGUUGGAGUGAAACAGACCUGAGGGUGAUGGGGACCGUCGUUGUCCUCAGGUGGGAGCGUGGCAAUGGAAAACUCACAUGAUCAUUUCUACUGUAAGUAGAAAGAAGUUGUAAUAUAACAAUCACACUCUACAAUCACAAUUACUCUAAUCAGUGAGAGAGUUUGUGACGGUCUCCACAGAGUAAACUUUUAUAUGACUGACUUGCAACGACGUAGCGCUCCUGCAUCAGCGUUAGUCCUGAACUCAAAUAUAACUUCAAAUUAUUUUGUGACUGUUCGGCUCUGCAGACGUGUUUGUCAAUGCGACAAGCAGAAAUCAUAUUUGUGUUCAUGAAUAAACGUGUGGAGGCAGGAGACGACGUUUCAUCGCUGCACAUGGAAAUGUCUCUGUGUGAGCUUCUCUGGAAAGAAAAACCCAGAAAGCCUGGAAGUUCCUGAUAUGUGGAUGUCAGGAAGUGCUGUGGUCCAACAGGAAGUCAGGUUCGAGAGUUUGUAGUUUCACUGACAUCCAGACGUUUCCUCUGAGCCCAAACCAGAGCUGGUUCCUCUGACUGCCCCUAAACUUUAGUUUGUACCAGUCUGAGCUCUGUGCGUGUGUGUGCAUGUGUGUGUGCGCUCUCCAGGCUCUGGUUCUGUACGACUUCACAGCGGAGCCAGGAAACAACGAGCUGUCGGUGAGAGAGGGGGAGACCAUCACUGUGACAGACCAGACUGUGGGUGGAGGCUGGAUCCAGGCCCAGAACUCCAGCGGACAAACCGGCCUUGUACCUGAGGGAUAUUUACAGAUCAGAAACACUGGUGGUGUUGGAGGAGGCGGCGACCUGAGCUCGGGGGGCGGGGCUUUUGUCAGUCACACACAGGGAUGGGACAGUCGAGGAUACAAUCCCACACAGCACGUGUCCCUAUCAGCUGUUCAGGAUGAUGACGGCGAGUGGGACGACGAAUGGGAUGACCAGUCGGUGAGCAGUUACCAUGACAACAACCAACCGGAAGGGGAGGCCGGAGCCUCAGGACGAAGCGCCCAUGGACCCAGUGUUAAGAUCUCCCUCAAUAAGUUCUCGUUCUCCAAAGGUCCGAGUCCAGAAGUCUUUAUGUUAGCCCGACCUCCGGCUGACAGCAGAGAGAGGCUUCCUGUCUACAUGGGAGAAGUAGGUCCCGUCUGGCUGUACCCGACGUCUCCUCUGGACUGUGUGAUUGCUGAUCCAAAGAAAGAGUCCAAAAUGUACGGACUGAAGAGCUUCAUCGAGUACCAGAUAACACCCAAUACAACCAACAGCCCUGUCAAUCAUCGCUACAAGCACUUUGAUUGGCUGUACGAGCGUCUGCUGGAGAAGUUUGGGUCCAUACUGCCCAUCCCCUCACUGCCUGACAAACAGGUGACAGGCAGGUUUGAUGAUGACUUCAUUAGGAUGAGGAUGGAGGGUCUGCAGGCCUGGAUGACUCGGAUGUGUCGGCACCCCAUCGUCUCUCAGAGUGAAGUCUUUCAGCUUUUCCUCACCCACAGAGAUGAGAAGGAGUGGAAGGCGGGGAAGAGGAAGGCAGAGAAAGACGAGACGGUGGGUCCAAUGAUGUUCAGUUUGGUUGAACCUGAAGCUGCAGAGCUCGAUGUCAUCCAGGUUGAACAGAGGUGUGAACACUACAGCCGCUUUACAAAGUCCAUGGAUGAUGGCGUCAGAGAGCUGCUGAACGUCGGGCACGCGCACUGGAAACGCUGCACCGGACCGCUUCCUAAAGAGUAUGAGCGCAUCGGCCAAGCCUUCAGAAACCUGUCAACUGUAUUCAUCACCAGCAAAUAUCCAGGCGAGGCGACGUUGACCGACGCUCUGACGGCUGCUGGAAAAACCUACGAGGAGAUUGCUGAGGUCGUCGCCCAGCAGCCUCAGAAGGACCUCCACUUCCUGUUGGAGACUAACAGCGAGUACAAAGGGUUGCUGGCAUGUUUUCCAGACAUCAUCGCUGUACACAAGGCUGCUGCAGAUAAAGUGAAGGAAGGUGAUCGUUUGGUUUCUGCAGGAAAAAUGAACAACAGCGACAGGAAGUGCAUGAACCAGCGGCUCAGCUGCAUGAGCUACGCCCUGCAGGCUGAGAUGAACCAUUUCCAUAGCAACCGCAUCUACGACUACAACCGAGUGAUGCAGCUUUACCUGGAGCAGCAGGUCACCUUCUACCAGCAGAUCGCAGAUAAGCUGAGAGAAGCUCUGAGCCAGUUCACCACGCUGUGAGGACGCUGCCGCCACCAUGUGAUCUCACAUGUGACAUCACAGCCUGAGUCACUGUUAACAAAAUAAAAGCCUCAUAAUCUUUAUAGUGUAAAUGUUGAUAUGAUAAUGAUUAAUGAUGAGUUUCCUUCUUUUUCUGCUUUAUUUAAAAACUUUUUAACAGUUGAUUUUACACAUUUAAUAAAACUUUCUACGCCUCCA